CUGAAUAACGAGGAGAAAAACACCCACUCCGGACUGACCGAAUUGUAUCCGGUGAGAGAAAGAAGGAGAGGAGGAGAGAGGGACCCUGUGGGAGCAGCAGCAGCAGUGUUUGGUAUUCACGGGAUUUUCCUCUGAGGAUAAGAAGACGCUUUUGAAUUGAUGCCUGGAGAGGUCUAGACUGCUGGUUGUGAGGAUGUUGUCAGCAGGGCGGAUCAGGUGGUGUUUGUGGUCUCCACUGGUGCUACUGGCCCUAGUUUCCAAUUUCCCCAGUCAGGCACAGGAUCAAGUUCCAGCCCCGAGGAGGCUGCGUUUCAAAGUGCUGAGCUCAAGCAAACUCCUUGUUUCAUGGAGGGAGCCCAAAGGAGACUUUGACAGCUAUCUGUUCCUCUACAGCAGUAUACCAGGUGGUCAGCAGAGGGAGAUCAUAGCGUCUAAAUCUAACAGUAAGGUGUUGAUAACAGACUACAGCCCCUCCAAAGACUACAGUGUGAGUGUGAUCGCUGUCAGCGGCAGUGAGCAGAGCAGACCCCUUCAGGGCAGAUUCAAAGCUGAGAGAGGUGAGAGUGAUGGGGGAGACAGGACUGAGCCGCAGAGGCUGACUGAAUCACUUUCACCCCCAGAAGAUGCCAACGAGAUCACUGGAGCUGAUCAGUUUGUGUGCCACACUGAAGCCAUCGCAGACAUCGUGAUCCUGGUGGACGGUUCUUGGAGUAUCGGUCGGAUCAACUUUCGGCUGGUCCGCACGUUCCUGGAAAACCUGGUCAACGCCUUCGAUGUCGGCAUCGAUAAGACAAGGAUAGGUCUGGCUCAGUACAGCGGGGAUCCAAGGAUAGAGUGGCAUCUAAAUGCCUUCUCCACUAAAGAUACCGUCGUUGAUGCUGUCAAGAAUCUCCCCUACAAAGGAGGAAACACGCUAACAGGCCUUGCGUUGAGCUAUAUCAUGGAGAACUGCUUCAAGCCAGAGUCUGGCUCCCGGGUUGGCGUGCCCAAGAUUGGAAUCCUAAUCACGGACGGGAAGUCCCAGGAUGACGUUAUACCACCUGCAGAGAGCCUGCGCAAUUCUGGGAUUGAGCUGUUUGCUAUUGGUGUGAAGAACGCUGAUGAGAAUGAGUUGCGCUCCAUCGCCUCAGAACCAGAAGACUCUCACGUCUACAACGUGGCCGACUUCAACAUCAUGAGCUCCAUCGUCGAGGGUCUGACCAGAACAGUGUGUGAACAAGUGGAGCAGCAGGAUAAAGACAUCAAGGAGAAACAGGUACCAGAGACAAUCGGAACGCCACUCGAUCUGGUGACGUCAGAGGUCACGGCACGGAGCUUCAGGGUGUCAUGGACUCAUGCCCCUGGAAACGUAGAGAAAUACAGAGUGGUUUAUUAUCCUGCUCAGGGAGGAGAACCACAGGAGGCUGUGGUGGACGGCAGCGAGACCUCGGUGGUGUUACAGCAUCUCAGCUCCCUCACUGAGUACCAGCUGGCUGUGUUUGCUGUGUAUGCAAACGAGGCGAGUGAAGCUCUUAGGGGAUCAGAAACAACUCUGGUCCUACCCAGAGUGACAGGCCUGCAGCUGUCUGAUGUGACUCACAGCAGCAUGAAAGCAAGAUGGGACAGCGUAGACGGGGCCUCCGGCUACAUGCUGCUGUAUGCACCUCUCAAAGAUAAUGGAGAGUUGGACGAGAAGGAGACGAAGGUGUCGGAUGCAGUGACAGAGCUGGAGCUGGAGGGGUUGAGCUCUCACACAGAAUACACUGUCACUGUUUAUGCAAUGUAUGGUGAUGAAGCCAGUGACCCUGUAACAAACCAGGAAAGUACAUUACCCCGGAGUCCUCCCAGUAACCUCCAGUUCUCUGACAUCAACAAGCCUUCUCACCAAUUGGACCAUAUACAGAUGUCCAGUAGCUGUAAAAUUGAUGUAAAAGUGUCUGUGUUUGUCUUCCAGGUGGAGGUCGGUCCAGUGAGCUCUUAUGACCUCAGUGACCUGACGUCUCUGAUGGAGUACUCAGUAGCCAUUUUUGCCUUGUACAACGACGGCGAAUCAGAGCCACUCACUGAUGGAUUCACUACUAGUAAGACACUUACUGUGAUCUUGAGUGGAAGUGAUAACAGAUACCUGCUGACCAGCCUGAGUCCGUCCACUGAGUAUGAAGUCAUGCUGACGGCCGUGUUCGACGAUGAAUCAGAGAGCGACACUGUCUCUGUCAUAGAGACCACAUUGGCCAUGACGACAACAGUUGCUGCCACAACCACGGCAGUGGCUCAUCAGGCUGUGAGAAACCUGCAGCUGAGCGACGAGACCACCCAGAGUUUAGAGGCAUCGUGGGAGAUGGAAGACCCCCACGUGGAGAGCUACAGGGUCUCCUAUGCUGGCCUCUGGGGCAACCACCAAGAGGAGUCUGUGUUAGUUCCUGGAGGAGAAAGGAGAGCUCUGCUUGAGCCGUUAUUGUCAGACACCCAGUACAAAGUGACGGUCACGCCAGUGUACAGGGACGGACAAGAUGGCAUCAGCAUCUCUGCCAUGGGAUCCACACGGCCCCUUUUGUCUCCUGGAAACCUCCGUGUAUCAGAGGAGUGGUACAACCGCUUCAGGGUCACCUGGGAUCCACCGCAGACUCCUACACUGGGUUACAGGAUUGUCUACCAGCCCAUUUAUGUUCCAGGACCAGUUUUGGAGACAACAGUGGGUGAAGAUAUGAACUCCAUGCUCCUCAUGAAUCUCUUAAGUGGGACAGAAUACAGUGUUCAAGUGACGGCCUCCUACCCUUCAGGACAGAGUGAACCGCAGCUAGUGAACACUAAAACACUGUUCCUCGGCAUCUCUGGCUUGUCAACCUACCAGGUGCGUUCCAGCAGCAUGUGUGUCCAAUGGCAGCCUCUGCUACAGGCCACAUUAUACAGAGUCUCCAUACAGUCUACACUCAAUGGCCAAAAACAGGAAGUGAGCCUGGGGGGUAGUGCUUCCCGACAAUGCUUCUAUGACCUCACUCCCAGCAGCCAAUACCAGAUCAGCAUUCACACGCAGAUUCAAGAAAUGGAGGGACCGUCAGUCUCCAUCACUGACAUGACAUUGCCAGCGCCCACUCAGGCUCCGACUGAUCCACCGACUACAGAGCCCCCUCCCACCAUCCCGCCUGCUAAAGAAGUGUGCAAAGAGGCCAAGGCUGACCUGGCGUUCCUUGUCGACGGCUCCUGGUCCAUCGGAGAUGACAACUUCCUGAAGAUCACACGCUUUCUCUACAGCACCAUGGGAUCGCUGGAUCUGGUCGGACCAGAUGGCACCCAGGUGGCAAUUGUUCAGUUCAGUGACGAUGCCCGGACGGAAUUCCAGCUGAGUUCCCAUAGCAACAAGGAAGCACUGCUGGAAGCUAUUCAGAGGAUCAGAUACAAAGGAGGAAACACCAAGACAGGUCGAGCCAUCAAACAUGUGAAAGAGUCCAUCUUCACAUCAGAGAGUGGAGCCAGACGGGGUGUUCCUAAAGUCCUGGUUGUCCUCACUGAUGGGCGAUCGCAAGACGAUGUCAACAAAGUGUCCAAGGAGAUGCAGAUGGAGGGCUAUAUCAUCUUUGCCAUUGGCUUUGCGGAUGCGGACUACGGAGAGCUGGUGAACAUUGCCAGCAAGCCCAGCGACAGACACGUCUUUUUCGUUGACGACUUGGAUGCUGUGAAGAAAAUAGAGGAACAGCUCAUUACCUUUGUCUGCGAGGCUGCCACUGCCACUUGUCCGUCUGUUUUGAUGAGUGGAAACACAAUGGCAGGUUUCCGUAUGAUGGAGAAGUUUGGCCUGGUGGAGAAAGAGUACAGCAUACUACCUGGAGUUUCUCUGGAGCCGGGUUCAUUUAACAGCUUCCCCUGUUACAGGUUACACCGUGAUGCUCUGGUGUCCCAGCCCACCAAGUAUCUUCACCCUGAGGGUCUCCCCUCUGACUACACGAUUUCCAUGAUGAUCCGUCUACUUCCAGAGACCCCAGAAGAGCCCUUUGCAUUGUGGGAAAUCCUCAACAAAGACCACGAGCCAUUAGUGGGACUAAUCCUGGACAACUCUGGAAAGACCUUGACGUUCUUCAACUACGAUUAUAAAGGAGACUUCCAGACUGUUACUUUUGAAGAAUCAGAAAUCAAAAAGAUCUUCCAUGGCAGCUUCCACAAGCUCCAUGUGAUCAUCAGUAAGACAUCGGUGAAAGUGGUGUUAGAUUGUUCUGCAGUUGGGGAGAAAUCCAUCAACGCAGCCGGUAACAUCACCACAGACGGGGUGGAGAUCCUGGGAAGGAUGUUCAGAGGAACACAGGACAACUCUGCUCCGUUCCAGCUCCAGAUGUUCGACAUCAUCUGCAGUACAUCCUGGGCCAGCAGAGAUAAGUGUUGUGAGCUGCCAGCAUUAAGAGUUGAGGAGCAGUGCCCCUCCAUGCCUCAUGCCUGCACCUGCUCCCAGGACAGCAAAGGACCCCCGGGACCCUCUGGACCCCCUGGAGGUCCAGGUAUAAGGGGAGCCAGAGGAGACAGAGGAGAGCCAGGAGUAACGGGAUCUCAUGGUCCAGUUGGAGAGAUUGGCCCGUCUGGACCCCCAGGACCACCUGGUCCUCAGGGGCCCAGUGGACUCUCCAUUCAGGGGCCCCCGGGUGCUGUUGGACAGAAGGGAGAGAGAGGAGAGAUUGGUCCAGCCGGACAAAUGGGUGUCCCUGGAGGCCAAGGCUCACCUGGUAGAGACGGCCCCCCAGGAGCAAGGGGUCUUCCAGGAAAUAUUGGACCACAAGGACGACAAGGACCUUCUGGACCCGUUGGAGCCCCGGGUGCACCUGGAGCUCCAGGAUCGGGUGGAUCAGCAGGGUCCCAAGGAGAACAAGGGCUUCCUGGUCCUGCUGGUACCAAAGGCGAUAAGGGAGAAAGAGGUGAUGUGCAAUCCCAGGCUGCUGUGCGUGCCAUCGCACGACAAGUGUGUGAACAGCUCAUCCAGAGCCAUUUGUCUCGCUAUAACUCCAUACUGAACCAGAUCCCCGCCCAGUCUGCGGUAUCCGUCCGGACAGUUCCAGGACCACCAGGGGAGCCGGGUAGGAGAGGCAACCCGGGACCCCAGGGAGAGCAAGGACCGCAAGGCAGACCAGGCUUCCCUGGUACCAACGGUCAGAGUGGACGACCAGGAGAGAGAGGUCUGUCAGGAGAGAAGGGGGAGAGGGGGAGUCCAGGUGUUGGGAGUCAGGGACCUCGAGGACCACCUGGACCUCCAGGUCUGCCAGGUGAAGGACGCACAGGCAGCCAGGGUCCACCUGGUCGGCCCGGCAACCCUGGGACGGCGGGGAGGCCGGGGAAUCCGGGUAGCACCGGACCAGCCGGGUCACCAGGCUACUGUGACCAGAACUCAUGUCUGGGAUACAACGUUGGAGUCCAACCCCUGCCUCACGGCGGCUACCAGUCCUACAAUCCCCCCUACAACCAGCAGUACAACCCCGCCGCUGUGGCUUACAACAACGACCAAGGAGGUGAGGAUGAGGAGGAGGAGGAGGAGGAGGGAGAGGAAGAGCAGGACCCCUACUACCAUCGUGGCUACCCGCCUCAGUACUACCCCCAGCAACCUCCCCCAUCAGCGCACGAUCGCCGCGGGUACCACUCAAGCCCCACCCACUCUGAGGAUGUGGAGCUGAGGUCGCCGGGCGUCAUGAGGAGGUUUUCACGGGACAUCGUCGUCAUGGAGGAGAGCAAGGAGGGAGGACAUUAGAAGGAAGGAUGGACUCACCUAAAGUGCUUGAGCCCUGCAUGUCACGACACACACACACACACAUACGCACACACACACACACACACACAAACACACACAAAUCAGACACUGACUUACACGUGUAUGGGACAAAUGUCGUGCCACAUUCCAAAACUAUAAAAAAAAACUUUUCAAAGGUUGAAACUUGAAAUCUGAUCAAAACAAAUGUUUUGCAUGGUGGAAAUUAAGUUUUGAGGCUGUGUAUGUUUUUAUAGGCUAGAAAAAAAUCUGUCAGCAUUAUUUUGUUUUCCUCUUCAAGACUGUUUGUUAUCCAGGUUCAAAACCUCGUAAAUGUUGCACGUCCGUUGGAAAAACUGAAACAAAUCUUUAUUUUGCAACAUUGUGGCUGUACCCUUGCACUCUUACUGCUGUCUGUUAUUUCAGAGUUGAAAUGUUUCAGAGAUUUUGAUUUUUGGCACUGUUGUCCUGCACCUCUGAUCUGAAACUCAAAAAACUGAUGGUCUGGUAUUUUGAACUGACCAAAAAUUUAUGCAAGGCUUCAAAACUUAGUUUCAAUCAUGCAAACACUGAGUUUGAACUUUUCAAAGCCUUUUCUUCUCAGUUUUGGAAGAUGGCAUGAUAUUUAUCUUGCACACAUGCACAUCAGACCCCUUCUGAACCUGGGGUUAGAACCCCCCUCUCCCUGUGUGUUUCUCCAGCAGGUGAGACAGUGUAAAUAGCUCUGUGGACUCUUGUACGAUAUCUGUAAAAACACGGGGUCCGAAAAGUGCCUGAUCUAUGUUAGCAUCAUCCAGUGGUAAUUGCAAAGGUAAGACUUGAUUCCUCCCAUCUUAAAUUUCUGAUUUCAGGACUCAACCAUUCUCGGGUUUUUUUGUUUUAGUGUGAAGCUGCAUGUCUCCUUUGAGCCAAUCAGUGAGUGUGUAACUGGACACGUGCAUCUUGUUUUGUUUUCAUGCAACUAGAAUUAUUAUUUUACAACCCACGCCUUUGAGGGUGUUGGGCAGGCGACAUUUGUACAGGCUGCUUUUUAUAACGAUGAAUUAUGUUUCACUCGCUUAUUUCAAUGUGUAAAAGGAAUAUUGAAAUGUUUUUUUAAGUGAUUUCUCCGUCACAGUAUUGUGUUUUGCUUAUUUGGGCUGAACUAUUAUGGGAGUGAAUCCACUAAAAUGAAAUGCAGAAGCAGAGGCAUCAAAUUUCUGUUAAAUUACCUAAACACUGUGGAACACAAAUCUCUUUUAAAUUAUUUUCAUUCAGAGAAAAUCUGGCCACCGUUACAUUUAGUCCAGCCAUAUCUGUUACUACCAACAUGUCUGUUCUGGGUUUGAAUCCUCAGACUUCUGGGGAAUUAAAAGGACAAAUCAGUGUCGUUUGUGUCUUGUGUUGCUUUGUUCAUUGUUCUUAUGCAAAGUUGGGCAUGUGUACUGUGGAAACUGUUUUCUCACUGAUUGACCUCUGACCUCUCGCUGGAAAGAAACCUGGAUCCAGUAAAAGACUAAACAGUGUCAACUCUGUGCCUCCUGCACUGCAGCCUGGGAAAAACAAGCACUAAAGUAAAAGUUCAGCUGUGAACUGGCCCUUGUCAAUUUGACAUUUAAACUGUGGAACUGGAACAGUUUAAAUAAGGAAUGUGUCUCACCAACAUGCCCCUUAUUUAUUUUGUAUUUUGUUUGCUUUUAUAACCAAUAAAUCUGUAAUGAGACUCCAA